GACAGACACUCUCCCAAUCCUCCACACAGCCUGAUCUGGGCUGAUUUCACCCCCUGCACAGGAUUUCCCAUUCCCAAACCUGACCUGAUCGCCCGGCUGGAACGAGGGGAAGAGCCGUGGAUCCCUGAUCUCCAGACCUGCAAGGAAAAAGAGAUACCAAGAGGCACCCAAACAGCAGGUGAUGAGAGAGUGAGUGAGAAGGAGGAGGGGAAUUGUGAGGAUGUUCCUGGGGAAGUGGAACCACAGGGGACCUUUGAGGGAAGAGCUGAAGGGAAUUUAUCCCAGUGCUUGGAAGAGGGAGAAGCCUGGGGAAAUUGGCACAGGUCAGAGAGGCUGCUGGAAAACCACCCAGAGAAGAAAAUGAAUGAAACUAUUAUAUAUGGGGGUGGAGACAAGGAUCCCACAGCCCAGCAGACAAAUCCCCAGGAAGAGAAACCCUAUCACUGCCUCCAGGGUGGGGAACAAUUCAUUCUGAGAUCACAGCUCGUUACACAUCAAAGAGUCCAUACUGGAGAGAAACCCCAUAAGUGCCUGGACUGUGGGAAAAGUUUUAGUCGUAGCUCACACCUCAUUGGACAUUGGAGGACCCACACAGGGGAGAGACCCUAUAAAUGCCUCAAUUGUGGGAAGAGUUUCACUGAGAGCUCACACCUUAUUAGACAUCAGAGGAUUCACACUGGAGAUAAACCUCAUCAGUGCCUGCACUGUGGGAAAAGUUUCAUUCAGAAAACAGACCUUCUGUCACAUCAGACAAUCCACACAGGAGAGAAGCCCUAUAAAUGCUUGGACUGUGGGAAAAGCUUCAAUAACCGCUCAAACCUUACUAAGCAUCGGCAAAUCCACACAAGAGAGAGGCCCUAUAAAUGCCUGGACUGUGGGGAAAGUUUCAGCCAGAAAUCAGACCUUACUGAACACUGGCGAAUCCAGAGGGGAGAAAGACCCUAUAAAUGCCUCGAUUGUGGGAAAAGUUUCACACAGAGAUCAGGCCUUGUUACACACCAGAGAAUCCACACAGGAGAGAAACCCUAUAAGUGCUUGGACUGUGGGAAAAGUUUCACACACAGAUCGGCCCGUAAUAGACAUCAGACAAUCCACACAGGAGAGAGACCCCAUAAGUGCUUGGAGUGUGGGAACAAUUUCACACGGAGAUCAGCCCUUAUUACACAUCAGGCAACCCACACAGGCGAGAGACCCCAUAAGUGCUUGGACUGUGGGAAAAGUUUCCCACACAGAUCAUCCCUUGUUAGACACCAGGCGAGCCACACGGGAGAAAGACCCUAUAAAUGCCUUGACUGUGGGAAAAGUUUCAUGCACAGAUCAAACCUCAUCUUACAUCAGAGAAUUCACACGGGCUACAAACCUCAUGAAUGCCUUGCUUGUGGGAAAAGCUUCAGUAAGAGCUCAAACCUCACGAAACAUCGGAAAACCCACAAGGGUGAGAGCAACCCUAUGAAUAGCUUGACUGCGGGAAAAGAUUCAAUCCAAGCUCACACUUCAGUGAUACAGACAACAGUGGGACCUUGAAUGUGGGGGCAGCUUCGUUUGGUGCUUCCAUGAUAUCAGGCAUCCGCAAAUCCACAAAGGGAAGAAAACUCUGAGAUGUUCUCAGUGUGGAAAAUGCUCCAGAGCAGGGAAAUUCAAUCAGGGCCCUGACUGGGGCUGGCCAUGGUAACAAACUCAUUUCCUCGUUCUCACACACAUUAGGGGCAUUUGGCUUCCAAGGAUCCAGCUGCCCAUCGCUGGGGCCGGGUCUAGCAGCAGCUGGUCAGUGACCCUCUGGCUCUGCCUGGUCUAAGCAAACCCCAGGCAGAGGAGAAGAAGCCCCGAUCAGCCCCUCCUCCCUGCUGCAGCCCUGGCAGCUGAGCAGAUAAGCCAAAGAUGGGGGAAGG